AUAAAUAUCAAGAAAGUCUUGCACAUUCUCGAAUCACAGCACACUCUUUCUACUACUCAACAUUAUCAUACAUACAUCAUCUCAUACAUCACCAUGACCCAACGAGCCAACCCCAAGACUGGCUGCCUCACGGCGGUUGUCCGCCGUCUUUUAUGUUCCGGCAGCCAACAAACCCACCCUUCCGACAACAUUCUCGACUCUGACGAAACACUCCAGUUACUAAGCACUUACGAAGAAAUCGAAGAGCCAAAGAAAGAGACAAAAACCGAAACCCAAACCCAAGAAGACGACGUCUCUCCUCCUCCUCCUCCCAAUGUUGUAGCCAAACUCAUGGGUCUAGAUGACCCCGCACCGGGAUCAAACCGGUUUAGAUACUUUGACGAUUCCGGUUCAGCUGUCGCACGCAGCAAAUCGGUUAACUUCAUGGACUAUAUCCUUAGAGUUAAAGAGGAGGAAGAAGAAGAUGAGAAAGAUGGUCAUCUCACGUGCCGGAGAGUAAGAGCGUCGGUUUCCUUCCGGGAGAUAGUCCCAACCUCGGCGAGAUCAAGCUCGAACCAACAACAGAAGAAGCACGACUUCUUGCUGAUGUAUCUCGACAAGCUGGACGAGAAGAGGGAACUUGUCGGAUCAUCGUCUUCGUCAAGGUCUAAGAGGUUCGAGAAGGUAUUAGAAGAUUCCAAGAAGCCGCCAUUGCCACCUCCGGAGAAGAAGAAGGAGAACGAGAAAGUGGCCAAGAAGUUUAAAGACGAGCGGAGGAAAGUAGCAAAGAAGAAGAAGAAGAGUGAGAACGGAAGUGAUCAUGUUAACGGAGCUAAGAAAGUUCGAUGGUUUCUCUCUCCGUCCAAGAGUAAGUCCACCGAGAAGAUGGCGCUUCUAGGAGGAGGAGGAGGUGAAUGUAAGAACAUCCCGGCGGAUGAGUUUAGCGGAAAAGAGACAGAGUCUCCGGAAAAUAAAUCAAAUGCGAGUCCGGUUUCGGUUCUUGAUCGAGAUCUUUAUGAUUAUCUAAUCCUUGAUGAUGACUACUACUUCUCAGGAGAUUCAGAAAGUGCAUCGGAGUUGUCAACAAAGCAAGUAGAGACAACAGCAGCAAAAUCUUCAUGCUCUUCAUCACCAGCAAGAACAAGGACAAAUUCCAAGAAAGAAAACAACAAUAACACCAACAGUGAUUCUGAAGAGACAGAGUUUAUCACAAAGCUAAUGAAUAUGCUCUCAGAUCUGUCUGAGGAAGACAUGAAGUCUUCAACUUGGGUUUCUACUUCGUCAACUAAACCCGUUGACUACACUCAAGUCGAAGAUUUUUGUGUUGAAUUUGGUCAGGAGAUUCUUGACCUUGUUAUGGACCAGUUAGUUGAUGAACUGUUGUAUCUAGUUUGAUUUUUACUUCCCAAUCAUCAAAUUAUGUCGUUCUAUCA